AUGAUAGCUAGACCGUCUUUUGCAGACCCAUUGCAAGCCAAGCUCGGGAUUGCGUGGAGACCAUCUCGUGGUCCUCGUGGAUCAUCUGCUUUAGAUCUAAUUCGAAGUGAAGGUGAGCGGUAUUGGCAAGCCUAUACGAAACUAGAAGAUUUAUCUACUCGUGAGGUUCGAAGUCGCAUCUCACCAUCUAAUCUCGAACAAAGUCAAGGACUGACCGAAAUUGCGGUCGGAGAAGUCCGAAAAGUAUGUGGGUAUAACCGUUUGUCACCACCAAAGACUAUUCCGGACUACAUUCUGUUCUUUCAGCAAUUUCUCAACAUGUUUAUGAUUCUUCUUUCGACAGCUGCAAUACUUAGUCUGAUUGCUUUUUUUAUCAACACAUCAGCCGAAAUGAACCUUUAUCUAGCAAUUCUUUUAUUCGCCGUGGUGCUUGGUACUUGUACUGCGACUUUCUUACAAGAACGGUCGACUGGUAAGGCAAUGGAUUCGUUUAAGAAUAUGCUUCCAGCUCAAAGCACCGUAGUACGUGAUGGUGUUAGCCAAAUGAUUCCAGCUGAAGAGCUAGUUGUGGGAGACUUAGUGUGGGUCCGUAAUGGAGACAAAGUUCCUGCCGAUAUCAGAAUCCUGCAGUGCAAUAAUCUCAAAGUCGAAAAUUCCUCUCUUACCGGCGAGUCUGAGUUAAUCACUUUGACAUCAGACGUUCAGGAUCAUUCUGUCGCUCAUUUGGAGUGCAAAAAUAUUGCAUUUAAUGGCUCACUAUGCUUUGAUGGGGCUGCAUUAGGUUUAGUUUUAACAAUUGGCGACAAGACGGUUCUUGGACAGAUUGCUAAGCUGACAACCUCAGCAACUCUUUCUGAAACAAAUAUGCAACGUGAAGUCAAGGGUUUCGUGCGCUUUAUCGCUGUUUUAGCUCUUGUUAUGGCUAGUAUUUUAUUUAUUCUCGGUGUCAUUCACACUGAUGGGAAAGAUAUCUUGAUCACGUUCGUUGACGGGUUUUUGGUCAUUUUAGUUGCUAACGUACCUCAGGGAUUACACGUCACAGUGACGUCGUUAUUAACCAUUACUGCUAGUCGACUCGCUUCAAAGAAUGUGUUUGUUAAGCGUCUGGAUUGUGUGGAGACAUUAGGCUCAAUUUCACUUAUUGCCACAGACAAGACGGGGACACUCACGAAGAAUGUCAUGACUGUCACGGAUAUUUGGACUGGACGCGAGUUUAUUGCCCAACCGUCAGAACAAUGCACUGAGAUUGUUCCGGAUACAACGACAGAUUUCUUAACAGGCAUGACACCUAAAGCAAUCUUGACACGUGGGGCUGCGUUAUGUAAUCGUGCAGCUCCAGAUCUUAGUCAACCGGCAAGCAUUCACAUAAUAAUCGACGAGUCUUUGGAUUCUGGAACUGAAAUGAAAAGUGAAUCACCGACGCCCACUUCACCAAAAAUACGAAGCCCGUCGAUGAUACGGAAGCAACGGACUUUAACAACAACUCGUCAGUAUACGGGUAAUCCUUCCGAUAUCGCAUUGCUUCGGUUUGCGGAUUUAAAUUUCUCGGCAGACAUCACACGAGAGGAAUACCCUUUGCUUUUUGAAAUACCUUUUAAUUCGACAAACAAGUGGCAGCUUGUGAUUGUCCCUGCUCCAAAUGAAAAGACCACCCAACGCAGUUUUGAUGUGUAUAUGAAAGGCGCUCCUGAAGUGAUUAUCAAUCGAUGUAGUUCAUUAUUAUCUGCUUCAGGCGAGGAAAUUCCAUUGGAUGAGAUACUGAAGACUGAAUUUUCACAUGCUUAUGAAUCAUUCGGUAGAAAGGGACGACGUGUUAUCGCUUUGGCUGUACGGCGAUUUGUUGCCCCGAUUGAUACUCAUUUUACGGCUGAAGAGGGUAAUUUUCCUUCUGAAAAGUUAUGCUUCGUUGGUAUUGCAGCUAUUAUGGAUCCACCACGGGAUGAUGUACCCGAUGCCAUUGCCAAGUGUAAAGCUGCUGGGAUUAAAGUAUUUAUGGUCACUGGUGAUCAUCCUUUAACUGGACGAGCAAUCGCGUCAGAAGUUGGACUCCUUGACGAGACAGCACGCAUAUUAGAACUGGUGGAUCCCCCUUCCACUAGCAUUUCUGUUAAGCUUCCCGCAGAUUUCGAAACGUACACUGGCGCAGUUGUUCACGGUGGCUAUGUCAAUGCACUUUCAAAAGAUGAUCUUAAAGCCAUUUUGCGCUUAAAGUCAGUGGUAUUCGCUCGAACGACACCCCAACACAAACUUCAAAUUGUCAAAUUGAGUCAAGAGGUUGGCGAAUGUGUCGGUGUGACUGGCGAUGGCGUGAAUGAUGCACCUGCUUUAAAGCAAGCGGAUGUAGGUGUUGCAAUGGGUAAGAACGGCAGUGACGUUGCUCGACAAGCUGCCGAUAUCAUUUUAAUGGAUGAUAAUUUUUCAUCCAUUGUGCGUGGUGUUGAACAAGGACGUAUGAUUUUUGACAAUGUGAAAAAGACUAUUGCGUACACUCUAACACAUUUGUGGCCCGAGAUAUUGCCGCUAGCAAUUUAUUUGGCAUUGGGAAUGCCAACUGGAAUGACUGCAUUGCAGAUCUUAAGUAUUGACCUUGGGACGGAAUUGGGACCUGCAGUGUCAAUUGCACAUGAAGUAGGCGAGCAUGAUAUUAUGCAGCGUCCACCCCGUGACAUUAAGAAAGAUCGGUUAAUUUCAAAAGCUCUUUUGAUCUAUUCCUAUAUUGUUGCUGGUAUGAUCAAUGCUGGAGGGUGUUUGCUCGCUUACGCUGCUGUAUUUUGGCGUCAUGAUAUUACCUUCAACGACUUAUUUAUGAGUGCAGACAAAUUUUGGAAUAAGACAGCGGAACUAUUGUGUGUAUCCGAUUCAAAGUGUUUUGAUGCCAAAGAUCAGAUGCGGAUAUUGGCAGAAGCCUGUGCAUCGUGGUACAUUGCAUUGGUUGUGUGCCAGUUUUUUCACAUCUGGGUCGUCAAGACUCGACGCACUUCGGUGUUUAAAGCUGGAAUUUUUAAAAAUAUUGUUACAAUUUAUGGCGGAGCAAUAGAGAUCGUGAUUGUGCUGUUGGUUGUAUAUGUUCCAGGCAUCCAGUCAUUCUUUGGAACAGCCACAGUUGACUAUGUCCCAUGGCUAAUUGGCUGUGGUGCAGGUUCUAUCACAUGGCUUUACAGCGAACUAGUCAAAUUUAUAGCAAGAGGACAAGUGCCUGGACAAGAAAAUCGCCUUGCUCAAUGUGUAGCGUGGUAA